AAAUAAAGACAAACAGGAUGAACGGCUUAAUUGUGUUCAAUAGUGCCAAUGAUGUUGUCUUCCAGCAGUUGAAUACGGCAUUAGCUGAACAUUUCUUCGCUAAAAACGCUGAUCUUUUUCCUGAGAAUGCCACAGCCUCGUCUAUCGAUGGAAAUAUUAUUUUGCAAAUUUUCAGCCCUAUCAUCAACUCUCAACGUAUUAUGCAUUGCCAAUUCGACAAUACUUACUCAAGUUUUCAGUGCGAAAAUGGACUCAAUUUCGCCUUUGGUGAUCUGCUAGGGUAUUCAUUUAUAAAAAUAGGACAGCGCCCUGUAGAGAUACUGAAACGUCACCUUGGUGUAGCAAUUGCACUAGUACGCCAUUUAUACGGUGCUAAUUUAUUUGCUACGCAGGCCAGCAGUGUACAGGAAGAGUUACUCUCUACUUGCCUUCAAAGCUAUGAAGAACAUCUGUGGGAUGAAGAGCAAGCACUACUGUUAGAGGCACUACCACGAUUGCUAAUCAACAACGAACUUAAACGAGUUGUACAUUCUGCACUUGAUGGCGCCUUGGAACGUCUGCGUGAUCUGGGUCAUCAGCGAAUACACGCUCUGUUGUUUGCUUCUAAUAAGUUUGUUGACUCUGCUACAUCGAAACAAGCGCUGGCUUUAAGCGCUACCGAUUUGGUAUUUUUAACAUUACUUUCCCGCUCCUUACAACGUGAUGGUCGCCAACUGAAUCGUUCAGUAGCUGUAUUUCUACAAGGCGUUUCGCACGAUCCCCACUCGGGUUGUGUACCAUGUAUAGCACACUUUUCACAGCUUUCGAAAGGUGUACUCUUGGUGCAGUUGGUCGAGUAUGCAAAUCUACAAGUAGCGAGCAGCAUGUAUGAUACGUUCUUUGUAUUACAAAAAAUCAUAACUUUGCAAAUGCAAGGUGAUGCAGACGCUAUGAAACCCACGUAUGAUAGUCUGGAAUCGUUUGUUAAGCAAACGUUAGAUGCAUUAAAACGUUCGAAAUUGAAAGGAGAUGAAGUGGAUACUUCUUUGAAGAAAUUCAUUGCUAAGUGGGACAACUUAAAGAAAAUGUAUGGGGAUUUCUUUCGUUCAGUAGAGCGUGAACUGUUGGUACGAAUUGAGUCCAAUAUACCGUCAUUUAUGGAUGAAUUAAAACAGCUAUUUACUCUAACUUGUUGCGACAGUUCAGGCAUUGCUUUAGAUCAAUUACCAGAGGUUGCCUCGUUAGUUGAAGGAAAGAUGCUGGAAAUUUCCGAGUUUCUCGCAGUGAAGGCAGAGCGUAAUAUUACUAUCGAUGCUUAUUUAGAAGAUUUCCCCGGACUGAUACAUUUUGUAUAUGUAAAUCGCUCCACUGGACUCAUGAUUGCACCCGAUUUGCGCCCAAACCAGCUAAUUUCCAAGAAGAGUUUAUGGUCUAUGGUCGAGUUCACCCGAAAUUACUUAAAGAAAGGUCACACUACAGUAAUGUGGAAGGACAAAACGUUUAAUUAUUCGUAUUUCCUCUGGUUUGAAGAUAAAUCAGGCGGUCCUAUGAAAUCAAUCGAUAUGCAGCAGCACGUUGUGGCUUCGUUAUCAUCAAAUAAUGCAUUUAAACCACAAUUCGAACCUGGCCUGCUUGCAGCUGAUUAUUACCAACAGCUAACUGAAAUUUGCUUCCCAAAAGCCAGUCCCGGUAAAGUUAAGUGUUAUGAGCUCUUUUGUAUACAUUUGGGGCUAGUAACGUCCACCUGUGCUGUGGAGCAUUCUCGACGUCUCGCGGCUACUAUAGCCGAUGUAGCGGACGAAAAUAAUUAAAAUUUAAUACAUGGAAAUUUAGUACACAUAAAAUACAUGAAGAAAAAACUAUUUAGACAUUCCAAAGAUACUCAGUAGAUACUUUUUUUUUACAAAAUUUUAUUUUUGUAACGUUUGUUUUUGACUUAAGCUUUAAACUUUAGUAUUUAACAUAAACAUUCCUAAGACAAAGCUUCAUUUAAAAAUGUAUCCAACAUUUAAUUAAACGCUUAAAUUUACAAGCAUUGA